AUGUCGACGAAAAAAGACCAGCGCCGCCCAGAUCUCGUAAUCCCCUACGUCGAGCCCAAAGACUCCGACAAAGCCGACUUUGGCUCGACCUUCAGCACCACGAUGCCCAUGGCGGCCAUGUUCACGCGCAACAAGAUGAUCGGGUGGAUGGCGCUGAUGAUGAGUUUGUUGAAUUGGUUGGGCGAGACGCCGGCUCAGAGGAAGAAUGCGACGCAGCCGGCGUAUUUGACUUUUGGGAUGAGUGUGCUUGCUGUUGGGGUGGUGAGUGUGCCUUUCUUGUGA